AUGAAUCGGAAUCUCAACGGAUCGCCGGAAGGUCGGGGCAACUUGAAUGGCUUUUAUUCAUAUAAGAAUACCUUUGAUAAGGAUAGUGUGUGGCUGGAUGUUCCAAAGCAUGUGAUAUUCGUCGACAACUCCGAUCCGUACGCGGAAGAUCUGGAAGCGUCAUUAGCAGAGCCGGGAAAAGCGGCACUGGCGACAUCUCCAAGCCAACGAUGGGGUAGCAGUGGCUCGCGAACGAGCGACGCCGAAACACAACGACUGGACGCCUUGUCAGCAGUCGCAACACACGAUCGAUUUCCUUAUUCCCCCAUGGACCAUUCACUUUCCGAUAGUACUUCAUACCCCUCUCCGAACCAACGCCGAAGCGCGAUACCCCCGACCUCCCCCUCCAUGUCGCUGUCGUCCACCAGCAACAAUACCAAUAUUAAUUUCCUCCUCAACCCUUCCCAUUCGAUGUCUCCCCCAUCGACCCCAGCAUCCAGCUCUCUGACCGAACCACCGCACUCCCUACAAGACCGGCCGUAUCGAAGAGAAACAGAUUUCGAGACCGCGUUCUUCCUCCGACACUAUUCCGAAGGACCAGGACUGUGGAUGGAUCUCUUCGACCUAGGCACAUAUUUCGCAUCAUACGUCCCCGUUCGAGCCCGGUCAAACCCACUUUUGAAAUUCGCAGCUUGCGCAUAUGCCGCGAAGCAGCUAGGGCGAGUGAAAGGCGCCAAGGCACCGAUGGGCGGCGUAUGCACGCAGCAAGCGGCCAUGGAACUGUGGCCUGACACAGAUCCCGAUUUCGCCUGGUACGGAGCCAAGUAUUAUGAGAAGGCAAUUCAGAUUCUGAUGAGAGAGCUGCAACCGAAUGCCGAGGGUCCGCCUCCUUUGAGUACACCGGAGGCGUUUGGUCAGUGGCAGGCUUCCGAACUCUCUGGGGAUACCAAUAAUCCACGUAAGCGUCGACGGCGGGUGUCGGACAGCCAACUUUCGCAUGGGGUUCAUUCGGAUGAGGUUUUGGCGGCAACGGCUAUCUUGUCUGUGUAUGAGUUCCUCGAUGCAGCUGGGCCCGCGUGGAAUCGUCAUUUGAGUGGGGUUAAGUCGCUUCUCGAUGUUGCUGAAGUGGGUAUGAUGCCUCUUGAGCAGCGUCCUUCUCCUGGAGAGAACUCGUAUCAGGCUUCCACGCCGAAGAAGUCGAGUCUUUCAAAAGCCCGGAGGGCUACGUUUUGGAACUUUGCAAGACAGGAUUAUCUGGCUGCAUUCAUCAACGAAUGCCACACAAGGCUAAACACGGACGACACGGUCCUUUGGACCGAAGCUGGACUGUUGCUUGAUAAUGCUGGGUUUAUCCGACCCAGCAACACAGGCGCCGCUGGAUACCCCGAGGGCGAAGGGAUCAUGAAAGAAGACCUCAUUAGUAACGGGCUGGUGUGGAUCAUGUCCAAGAUAGUCAACUUCAUAAGCUCGGGAGACAACAUGCAUCUAACCGACAACCGGCCCAUGCCCGGUCCACUCGGUGUGACACAGCAAACACUCCUAGAGCGGUGGUAUAGACUCAAAUCCGAGCUCGACGCAUGGUACAGCGGCGUCCCAGAGACAUUCCGACCCUGUGCACGGAUGGAUUCAUCCAAGCUGACACACCACCGACCAGCCAACGAAAACGAAGACAUCUCCACCCUGCAGGAGAUCUGGUUCAGCCUCUCAAUGUGCGCAUCGACCAUGCAGCACUACCACAUGGCACGUAUCUUACUGCUGAUUAACAAACCUCACGAAUCGACCAGUCGAAGGAGCACAAUCACACUCCGACUGCAGUCUUACCGGUCCAUCGAGGCCGACAUCGCAUUCCACAGUCGAGAAAUUGUAGGCAUCGGGCUCUCCCGCCCGGACGGAAGUGUCAGGAUCAACUCUCUGCAGCCGCUCUUUGUCGCCGGGCAGUGUCUGACUGAUUCCCGGGAGCGCAGGACAACAGUCCGCUUGCUUCGGAGUAUCGAGUCAGACCUCGGCUGGGCGACAGAGUACCGCGUGCAACAGCUGAUGAAAGAAUGGGGAUGGGACGAGGGUACGACCCGAUCGCCCAAGGCAGGUGCUUGA